CCUUACAGCUGGCUGGCUGCUAUCUGAUCUAGACUCCAGCUACAUGAUCUCUUGGAAACAAAACUCGGUCUCUCACAAUAGUUGCUCGAACUGCUUUCAGGUGCUGAGCAUCUAGGAAAGAUGCCUCUGUUGCCUCACCUUUGAUUUUUACUCCCCUCCUUUCCUCCCUUCCUAAUUUCCCUCCCUUUCCCCCCUUCCCAGAACCCCACUCCUCCAUCCCCAUCCCCAAUCCCUCUCCCCUAUCCACCCUCUCGACAAUGUUGUCAUGCUGCCGUUGGCUGCAGCCUCUAGUCCAAGCCAGCCUCCUACUCUGUUCUGCCUUGCUGAAUCACGGGCAGUUUUGCUCGACUCCUUGCCUCUGCCCGGACCCUCACACUGUUGACUGCAGCGGUCAGGGGCUUGGAAGCUUGCCGGAUUUCAUCCCCCUGAACGUUCGGAGGCUCUUGCUGUCCGGUAACUUUAUCGACCAAAUCCCGGCAGAUUUUCUCGUCCUCUACAGCGAUCUAGUUUGUCUGGACCUGCGGAACAAUUCCCUUUCUGCAAUAGAGCCUGGCACGUUUAGUACGUCCUCCAAGCUGGUGUUCCUCGAUCUGGGAUGGAACAACUUGACAGAGAUCCCAGCAGGCACUUUCUUGGAGUCUGGGAGCCUGAUCAAGCUCCGUUUAGACAGUAACCCUUACCUGUCAUCGAUCAGUGAAGAUGCUUUUCUUGGUCUGACAUCCCUACGCGAGCUGGAGCUGGAGAGUAAUGCCCUGUCCAGCAUGAAGGUUGCAUCCCUGAGCCAGUUGUCCUCAUUGAAGGUCUUGAGGUUGGAGGACAAUCCUUGGGUGUGCAACUGCAACUUUGCCAACCUGUAUGCAUGGCUGAUGGAGAACUUAGACAGGCUUCCAAGAGGAGUGGACGGGAUGCAGUGCUCGGUGCCCCUGGAUGGGCGGAGGGUGAACAUGAGCCAGCUCUCGGAGGACAGUUUCCGGGGUUGCCAGCUGACCCUCACCCUCACCGACUAUCUCAUCAUCAUCUUCUCAGGCAUCUCCGUCUCGGUGGCUGCCAUCAUGACCAGCUUCUUCCUGGCGUCCACUGUCCACUGCUUCCAGCGCUGGAGCAAGGCCAACAAGACUGACGAGGAAGAAGGCGAGGACUAGGACUGUGUCUUCACUGGAAACCCUGAGACCAAUGGGUGGGCAACUCCGGUCUGGCAGUGCUGCUCCAUAGCAGGUUUAAUAGGUGGAACUAAAUGCACGUCAGGAUAUACACUUCAGGUUAAAUAGAUGAAGAAUUAAGGACAUGGUUGGAACAUGGACCUGGAUUGGAUAUGCUGAUAUUUCUACCCUUACCCUGCACCAUAAUCGCUACAUACUUCUUACCUUUCAUCAUAAGCCAAAGAAAUAGAUAAUUAUCUAAAUGACCAAUUUUGUCCAAUAAUUUUUUUAUGUUUAGAAAAGUCUGAAGGACAGGGUUUUCAAUGAUCUUCAUUGCUUAGUUGCACAUAGUACACAGUGUAAUUAAGAAUAAUUAAAGAACUAUGUGGCACUAUUAAUGCUUAAUUUCAGGGUCUUGUAACACAGUUUAGAAUGUGUUCAAAUGUUUAGGAAAGCAUUUAUCAUUAAAUGCCAAUAAAUACUUAAUUACACAUUAAUACACCUUGAUUGGUAACCCUUAAGUAUUAACAAAAUAUAUUGCUAUACAGUAGAUCUUUUUGAGAAUGUGUAUAUCAUUUUAAUGGCAUAACUUUUAAUUAAUUGCAAAUUAACAUUACACUUACAUUCUGUAUUUAGAAAAUAAUUAUUUAGUAUUCAGAAGAAAAAAAAACUUAUUAGAAAACAUAUUGUGAUUGAGAGGGGGUCUAGGUGGGGCAGUGAGCUGGGGAUCUGGGUUCAAAUGAGUUUCAUAGUCUCAAAUUCAGUGAACCUGUCCUACAGCACAGGAAGUGAUUAAACUACCAGGAAGCAGCAGCAACUUUUAAUCUGUUAUAUUGUAUUAAUAAAAAAAAAAACUGCAAAUCAAAUAAACAAGCAAAGGGGUCAGUUAGACUGUUGGUCAUGCUAAUAGGUCAGCUUGGCUAUUGCUCUUGUAAAGCAAUUCUAAUGGUUACUAAAUGUUGUUUUUUUUAUUUGUAAUCCUGCUUUCACAUGAAGUCUUUUUAAUGGUAAACUGUACCACCUUAAAUGGGACGUGAAGUAAGUCACACAAUCCCUACUUUCAGCACAUCUCCAAACAUUAUCCUCAUCCUUGUUGUUCUAAAUAUUAUUAUAUUACCAUAAUGUUAUUAUUGCUGUACUAUAACCAAUUAUCCAAAUUAUACCAAAUGGAACUAUUUGUACUUAAAUCGCAGUAGCUAUGACGAUAUAUAUAUAUAU